AUGGCGUUAUUCCCUCUCGAAAUCGACGAGCCGCGCCCCCGUCCACGCGGCACGCACUCCAACCCGCUCCUCCUCGCCGGCGGCCUCGCCAUGUCCCUCGUCUACACGUGGGGUCCCUUUGCCGCCCUCGCCCUGCGCUCCGAUGACGACGGGUUCCUGCCCUCUCUCGCCGCCCUCGCCUCGCUCAUCCUGCUGCUCGUCUUCCUCCUGCAGGCCUUUCUCGUGUACCGUCUGCUGUCGACCCUGCGCGCCCUGCCGCCGCUCACCGACCCCGUCGACGCCUUCUUCUACGAGAGCCGCGCCGGCAGCGCGCUCCUGCUGCUCGGGCUCUGCGUGCCGUGGUGCGUCAUGGGCGUGUACGGGCUCGUCCUGGCCCUGCCCGCGGCCGUCGACGCGUUUGCGCACCCGCCCGGCGCCGAAGAUCGCUACGCCCGUGCGGUGCAGCUACUGCUGAGUCUCAUCAUGGUGACGACGCCGCUGGCGCUCGCCGUCGGGGUCUGGUGGGCGGCGCGCACCGCGGGCAGGGCCGCGUACCGGGUGCUUGGGGUCGGGUAUAACAGACACGGUCGCUACGAGAGCGUGCCGCUGGGAUGGGAGGAGUCGGGACCGCAGGAGCGAGGGUUUCGAAAGAGCAUGCGAGGCAAGCUGUUCGGCGCCGUGCCGACUGCUUCUUGGCUGCCGUGGCACCGUCAUGCCUGUCAUGUACAUAAUACAUGCAUCUACGGCAACACCCGUCAUUCUGUCAUUUGCUCAUUGAACAUUUGUCCCCUACCAUGUUGCAAGCAGAGGCGCGUCAUCCCUCCGCUUCGCCGCCUCGUACCAGACGCCAUGAGGCAGCCUGCUGGGCCUUCUCUCGUCACACUUGGCGCAAGUCCCGGGCUACAACCUGCUAGCUCCUUUGCCUCGUUGUUGGUCGGGUUAUUACAGCUUGCGCCGCCGCGCGCGCACGAGAAGCUCAACGGCGACUUGCCUCGCCCACCAGAAAUGGCCAACGCCAUCUUGCUCAUCGUCGUGGCUUCUCACCUCUGA